AAGCGAAAGACAUCUCGAGCCAUGCAGCGAAUCCUCCUGGCGCUCCUCGUGGCGCUCCUGCGCUCCGAGGCCGCCGCCGCGGCCGCGGGCGAGGAGGCCGGCGCGGGCGAGGCCGGCGUCCUCCCGCCGGGCAGGUCCUGUCCGAGGGGCGGCCCUUGCGGGGCGCAGGAGGCGGGGAUCUCCGAGCCGGUCAGCUACGAGGACCAGAUCAUGCUCGUUCAGGGUGACGUCAGCACGGCCACGGGCGUUGCGGUGGACAAGAGCUUCCAGGACUGGGAGGCCCACGCGUUCGACCACCACUCCGAGCAGAUCGCCGAGGCGAACGCGAAGAUGAACGAGACCGCGCUGCUGGAGGAGGCGCACGAGCUUGCCAAGAGCCGGGGCUGCAUCGACGACCCCCUGUGGAGGGACGCGGACGGCGACGGCUGCGAGAUCUACAGGUUCGCCAUCGCGUCGGGGAAGACGUCGGUCCAGGUCGCCUGCCACGGCGGGGGCAUCGUGGACACGGCGCCUGCCACCGCGGGCCGCCUCCGCGGCGCGCGCCGCCCGGUGCGGGUGGUCGCGGACACCACGGCGAAGGUCUACUGCCGGGCCACGUGCCAGAUGUGCUAG